GGCCAUGGAUGUGACUCUGAAACCCCCUUGUUUCCCCAGGUCGUCCGGGGGCCCGCCAUGCUGGUGACGGCCUACCUUGUCUUUGUGGUCCUCCUGACCUCCUGCCUGGGGUUGGAGCUGUCAAGAUGCCGGGCUAAGCCCCCGGGAAGGGCCUGCAGCAACCCCUCCUUCGUGCGGUUCCAAUUGGACUUUUAUCAGGUCUACUUCCUGGCCCUGGCCGCCGACUGGCUGCAGGCCCCCUACCUCUAUAAACUCUAUCAGCAUUACCACUUCCUGGAGGGUCAGAUUGCCAUCCUCUAUGUCUGUGGCCUCGCCUCCACGGUCCUCUUUGGACUGGUGGCCUCCUCCCUGGUGGAUUGGCUGGGUCGGAAGAAGUCUUGUGUCCUCUUCUCCCUCACUUACUCCCUGUGCUGCCUAACCAAACUCUCUCGGGACUACUUUGUGUUGCUGGUAGGCCGGGCCCUUGGUGGGCUGUCCACCGCCCUGCUCUUCUCUGCCUUCGAGGCCUGGUACAUCCAUGAGCACUUGGAGCGGCAUGACUUCCCUGCCGAGUGGAUCCCAGCCACCUUUGCCCGUGCUGCCUUCUGGAACCAUGUGCUGGCUGUAGUGGCAGGUGUGGCCGCUGAGGCUGUGGCCUGCUGGAUGGGACUAGGGCCUGUCGCGCCCUUUGUGGCUGCCAUCCCUCUCUUGGCUCUGGCGGGGGCCUUGGCCCUUCGCAACUGGGGAGAGAACUAUGAUCGGCAGCGUGCCUUCUCGAGGACCUGUGCUGGGGGCCUGCGCUGCCUCCUGUCGGACCGCCGUGUGCUGCUGCUAGGUACCAUACAAGCCCUGUUUGAGAGUGUCAUCUUCAUCUUUGUCUUCCUCUGGACACCUGUGCUGGACCCACAUGGGGCCCCACUGGGCAUCAUCUUCUCCAGCUUCAUGGCAGCCAGCCUGCUCGGCUCUUCCUUGUAUCGCAUCGCUACCUCGAAGAGGUACCACCUUCAGCCUAUGCAUCUGCUCUCCCUUGCUGUCCUCAUCGUUGUCUUCUCCCUCUUCAUGCUGACUUUCUCCACCAGUCCAGGCCAGGAGAGUCCCGUGGAGUCCUUCAUAGCCUUCCUACUUAUCGAAUUGGCCUGUGGCCUAUACUUUCCCAGCAUGAGCUUCCUGCGGAGGAAGGUGAUCCCUGAGACAGAGCAAGCUGGUGUACUCAACUGGUUCCGGGUGCCCCUGCACUUGCUGGCCUGCCUGGGGCUCCUAGUCCUUCAUGAUAGUGAUCGCAAAACAGGCACUCGGAACAUGUUCAGCAUCUGCUCUGCUGUCAUGGUGAUGGCUCUGCUGGCAGUGGUGGGGCUCUUCACCGUGGUAAGGCAUGAUGCUGAAUUGCGGGUGUCCUCGCCCAAUGGGGAGCCCUAUGCCCCUGAGCUCUAACUCUGUUUCAAGACGGGGCUGGGACAGACUCUUGAGUUCCACCUCUCCAGGGUUGUACAGAUCUCUUGUUGACUGACUUUGGGACUAUCUGGCCCCUCAGCCUGUCCUUGGGGACCCUCCUGCCAGUGCUUUGGGUUGGGGAGUACAUGGGGGUGAUAUCCUGGAAAGAAGAUGCCAAAAGUUGCCUCUGUGUUACUCCCUUUCCCUUUUCAAUUUAAAAAUAAACACUUUUCACUGAUCA